CUCCUCCACCUCCUCAGGGCUGGGGCAGUUGCUGCUGGGCCAGUCAGCCUUAGUCCCCCGCUGCUCUUCUGGGCUCUGAAACUUCUUCCUGAAGAGCUGGAGUUGCCUUCGAAGUUGUCCUCCCUGCUGGACCCCUACAGGAAGCUACAUAUGCCCAGCUGGGGCACAACCCCAGCUGAUGCCCCAAAGAAGCCACACAUCUCAAGAGAGGUUUUGGGCCCUGCCCUCCCUCCCCAUGGCACAUGGGCCAGAACCUGAAGUUGAGGGAUUGCUGGACCUCAGCUUCCUGACAGAGGAGGAACAGGAGGCCAUCACUGAUGUCCUCAAACGAGAUGCUCACCUGCGCCAACUGGAGGAGGGGCGUGUCAGCAAGCUCCGAGCCUCACUGGCAGACCCCGGGCUGCUGAAGACCCUGACAGGGGAUUGGUUCCAGGAAGCACGCUCCCAGCGGCAUCACCACGCCCACUUUGGGUCAGACCUUGUCAGAGCCUCUAUCCGAAGGAAGAAGAGCUCCAGGGGGGACCAGGCUCUGGGAAGUGAUGGCGAGGCAGAGGCUGCUGGGAAAGAGACCACUGAAGAGCCGGAGCCCAGGGUCUCCAUAGAGGUGGCUGUUCCAGAGAGGCACAGUGGGACCCAAGGACCCGAUUUCCCCUCACCAUAUGUAGCCUCAACCGCUUCAGGUCACGAGGAUGAGCCCCAGGCCGGGGAAGGGACACACACAGGUGAGGGGCUCUCUCAGCAGCCUGUCCCUACUCCAGACCCUGGCAAAGGGGGUACGCAGGUAGCAGAGACCGAUCCAGCGGUGGAUCCUGAGCAGAGGGCGGAGCAGGAGACCUGGCCCUCGGCUGCACAGAUCCAGGCGACCUCCGAGAUCCAGGAGAAUGGGGAAGAGGCCCCGGGGCUCGGCCCUUCCCUAGACCGCAUGCUCAGCAGCAGCUCCUCCGUGUCCAGCCUCAAUUCCUCCACGCUGAGUGGCAGCCUGAUGAGCCUGUCUGGGGAAACUGAGGCUGGCACGGUACAGGUGCGAGGCUCCGUGCACUUCGCGCUGCGUUAUGAGCCCGGCGCUGCAGAGCUGAGAGUACAGGUGAUCCAGUGUCAGGGGCUGGCUGCCGCCAGGCGUCGCCGCUCUGACCCCUACGUGAAAACCUACCUCCUCCCUGACAAGCAGAACAAGCGCAAGACAUCCGUGAAGAAGCGGAAUCUGAACCCGAUCUUCAACGAGACUCUGCGGCACUCUGUCCAGCAGGCUGAUCUCCCAGGCCGGGUGCUGAACCUGUCCGUGUGGCACCGGGAAAGUCUGGGUCGCAACAUCUUUCUGGGAGAAGUCGAAGUGCCCCUAGACACGUGGAACUGGGACUCUGAGGCUGCCUGGCUCCCCCUGCAGCCCCGGGUUCCCCCAUCUCCAGAUGAGCUUCCCAGCCGUGGACUCCUCUCUCUGUCCCUCAAGUACAUCCCUGCCAGCUCAGAGGGAGGAGGACAGCCUCUGAGUGGGGAGCUUCACUUCUGGGUAAAGGAGGCUCAGGGCCUUGUGCCACUGCGGCCAGGAUCGCUGGACACUUACGUACAAUGCUCAGUGCUACCUGACGACAGUCGAGCCAGCCGCCAACGUACAAGAGUGGUUCGAAGAAGCCUCAGCCCUGUGUUCAACCAUACCAUGGUUUAUGAUGGCUUUGGGCCUGCCGACCUACGCCAAGCCUGUGCUGAGCUCUCCCUGUGGGACCAUGGGACCCUGGCCAGUCGCCAGCUGGGGGGCACACGCCUCAGCCUUGGUACAGGCAGCAGCUAUGGCCUCCAAGUGCCCUGGAUGGAUUCCACACCUGAGGAGAAGCAGCUGUGGCAGACACUCCUGGAGCGGCCAUGUGAGUGGGUGGAUGGCCUUCUGCCUCUCAGAACCAACCUGGUCCCCAGGGCAUAGCCCUGUCAAACCCCUCUGUGUACCCCCACACAAAGCACAGCUAUGGCUGGAGUAAAUAAAGUCUGUUUACAGA